UGCUGUGAUAAGUGAGUAUAUCUUGAAAGAUAAAAUUAUCGUCCUCAAAUAUAAGGAGGGUUGAUAUGGUAAUUCUUAUGUGCAGCCAGAUUGUGGAGAGAAUGGAGCAUUUUCAGUACAUAGUCGUUGGUGCAGGAAUCGAGGGAUCAUGGGCAGCAUACCAAAUAGUAAGGGACGAAGAAAAGCCGUCCGUUUUAUUGCUGGAGCAAUACCAUUUGCCACACAACCGUGGAAGCUCGCACGGACAAAGCAGAAUUAUAAGACACGCUUACGCCGAGAGCUUCCAGGCCGCUCUGAUGCCGUAUUCCUACAAAGAAUGGAGGAAGCUCGAGAAGGACGCUGGGGUAGAUCUCUUGGUGACAAAACCACUACUUUGCGUAUCUGACGAGACUGGUUAUGAAAGAAUGGACAGGACGCUCGCUUGCCUGAAGGAACUAAAGGAAAAGCCGGGAUAUGAUGUUGCCUUUAAAGAGCUCAGCCCGGCAGAGUUGGCUGCAAAUUUUCCGCAAGCAAAGUUUCCCAACAACCGAAGAGCAUUUGUUGAAUACAGUGCUGGAAUUUUGUACGCCGACAAGUGUCUCAUGGCGGUUCAAAACCAAUUUCGGAAGCACGGCGGCGUCAUCAGAGAUGGAUUUGAAGUUACUAGAAUUAUUCCUGGGAAAAUCGUCGUGAUCGAGGGUGUGUGCAAGGGCAGAACUGUCAAAUUGACGGCAGACAAGGUGGCCCUUUGUCCAGGACCCUGGGCUAAAAAGAUGGUCGAGCCACUUUUGAAGGGCAUUCGUUUGCCACUGAAGGUUUACAGGGUCCCUGUAUAUUAUUGGAAAGUGAAAAAGAACGGCCCAGGCGUCAUCACGGCGAUUUACAAAGAUCUUGGCGCUGGAGACUUUUGGAGUAUACCAGAAAUCGAGUACAAAGAUUUGGUCAAGUAUAGCAGCAACUUGAUUCUCUAUGAAAUCGACCCAGACAAAAGGGAUUUAAACGCUGAGCAGACCCAGCCGCCUCAGUUGGCUCGGCACCUAAGAGACCACUUUCCAGGAAUGGAAGAAACGCCUUCCAUUUUAGAAACGUGCAUAUAUACCUCAACCCCUGAUGAGGUGUUCAUCCUUGAUAUCAUUCCUGACAGUGCAAACAUCGCUUACGCGUGUGGAUUCUCUGGGAGUGGAUUUAAAAAAGCCCCGAGCGUUGGAUUAAUGUUGAAGGAAAUAUUAAAACCCCAAACAAAGAUGAGCUUUGAUGAGACACCAUUUUCUGUGUCGCGAUUCAUGAAAAGCCAACUUUAAAGACUUCAAUGGUAUCGCGGCACAUGAUUUCUUAUUUGUCUGGAAUGGAGCUAUAUUUUUAGCUCUACGACCAUAAUUGAUUAAAGGAGGAUUACAAAGA